CACAGAUGAGUUUCCAAGAAGGCGUGUAAAGAAGAUUCUUCCUGAUGAAGACCAUGUUUCGAUCUCAUCAAGGUUGUAACUAGUGAAGAACAAUUCAGAGCUGAAGGAAAAAUUUACUCCUCAUCUUGUAGAGCCAGAUGUUGAAAUGGACACACAUCACUGGAUGGAGGUAGCAAAUAUGUGCAAAGAAUGUUACUUGGUUGUCAAGCGGUAGCUGGUAGAACAAGCAUGAAGCAUUGUGCUGGAUCAACUCAAUUGUUUUAUCAAAGGAACAAGCAUGCCCUAACAUUAGAACUGUUUUGGGUUAGGAUUUGCGGUCGCACAAUGGAUUUGACUGAAUCUGCUGUGUUUAUGUGUGGCAGGUGACGAGCUCCUGUUGGAUUCGUUCCCGUACAUGGAGCUGGAGAAGGGCGUUCUAUGGGAAGUCGAUGGCGAAAGGAGCAACCUGCCUUUGACAAGAAGCAUGACGCGCUACAUCAAGAUCCUCGGUGCCAAGCUUGAAUGGGAGGAGCAAGCUCAAGGCCCCUGGGUUGUAUUGACGACUCUCAUCAGCGAUGCAUGGUGGGAGGCGAGGCGAGGCUAGGGCGCGACCAAGGCGGCCCGUAAAAUCAGGACAGCCGCAUCUUUAGUUUUAGCCCGUGAUCAAUGCCAGCCAAUGAGGGAGGAGAAAUUAGUGCCUGUAAUUAUUUAUUACUAGUAUGUAAUUUGUGCUGAGGAUAUCUGUUUUGGAUGGAAACGUAUGACUGAUUGGCUCCUCGUGGAUGCGUAGGGAUAGCUCGCCUCUGUCGUCUCUACAUAAGCCUCGCUCGUUCCCACAACACACAACUCGCCACACAACUCCCAAUCAAACCGGAGGACUAGUUCUAUGGCGUGCCCGUGCUUGCGCCUGAGUCGCCGGCCGGACUCCGGCGUGUCUCCGUUCGGCUGUUAUGCCGGCGCCACCGGUCCGGCGCGCCGCCAGCCGGACGCGACCGGGCGGCCGGCGCCCAUCGCCGUCUCUCUCGCGGACCGGCCGCCAUCCCGCCCGCUGCCGUGCCGCCAACCAGGCGACGCAGCCGAGGGUUCCAUCCGGCCGCCUUCAAAACCCGUCUCCACCCUGCACCGGCGCGUCCCGGCAGCCUUCAAAACUCGUCUCCACCCCGCUCCGGCGCAUCCCGCCCGCCUUCAAAACCCGUCUCCACCCCGCUCCGGCGCAUCCCGGCCGCCUUCAAAACCCGUCUCCACCCCGCUCCGGCGCAUCCCAUCUCACCUCACCUCACACAAAGACACAAAGACAGACCUCCUCCCUAUAAAAUUAUCGGUAGAACCCUAGCGCCCCCAGCCUCCUCUCCCCAUUCCGCCGCCGCCGCCACCCUCCAAAUUCCAAAACCCCACCUCCAAAUCCCCGCCACCAGAUCCCGCCGCCGCCACCACCACCCGCCAUGGGUACACCCACAUCCUUUAAGUUCUUCGCCUCCGACGACCGUCAGGUGGGGCACCUGCUCGCUGCCGUCGAUGCGGCGGCGUCCCGGUGCACGGCGGCGGCGCAGCGUCUCGAGGCCGCAGCGACCAAGGAGGGUAAGCUCAAGGGCAAAGGGGAGGAGGCCGAGGCCGACGCGGCGCGCGCCACAAAGCUCGCCGCCGAGCAGCUCGCCUCCGCCGCCGAGGAGGUGGCCGUCGCCAAGAAGACGCUCGCCGUCGUGACGCACGCCGUCGCCAAGGCCGCCCUGGCAGACGCAUCUUCAGCCACCAGUGCGCUCGUGGAUCUACUCGAGAAGGACGGCCACACCCCCGCCCAAGUCGCAGCCGCCACUGGAACCGCUGCUAAGGUCCUGCUCGCCAUCGCCGACAAGCAGGCGCUGGCCUCUGCCGCUCGCGCCGAUGCGGUCUCCGCCGCUUCCUUCGCCAAGGCUGCAACCUCAUUCGCAGCGUCCCCGACAAACUUUUACGUCUUCUCCUGGGAGCGCGUUGAGCCAUCCAACAUCAACCAGCAAGAAGGUCCAGCUCCUAGGAAGGAGAACGGAGAUGGGAGAAACAGCUACAUGAAGGCGUUCAUGGGGGGCCGCGGUGGGGGAGGUCCGAGGGGGCAGAUCAUUGCAACGGCAGCUCGCUUGAUCAACCGGGAGAUGGCCAAACAUGGCCAGGUCAUGUCGAUCAACAAUAUCGCAGAAAUCUUGAGCUCUCCGGUCGAUGUCGGGUCACCUCAACUAAAGGCCAUCCUGCCCCAUCUUGUUACAAUCGCUCCCCAGCUCCCCAUCCCCGAGCAGCUCCUUCCCGAGCUGCUUCUGCCAUCGCAGCCGCCAGCCAUACCUCAAGUCUUGCUUCCGCCGGCCUUCCAUGCGGCUUCCGAGGUUGCCAAGGAGGUCCAGCCGACGGUGAAACAGGGUGGGUGGAAGGACAUCAACGUUAGAAACUUAAUCGUGACUACUACAAUCGGAUGGUGCUACGGCAUGGGGCUGGAUGCGGCCUACAAGGAGGUCAAAGACUACCGCCCUGAUUUGUCCAAGCUGGGACAGCUCUCACUCGACGAGACCCCCGAGCCUCAGGCUAGUGGUAAGAACUUCGAGUAGACUUUCUUUUGUCUCAAGCAUUGGGAAGUAAUAGAAAUAGUAGACGUCUAUGAUCAUUUUGCUUUCUUCUGUACCUCCUGCGGGUGUGGAUCUUGAAGUUGGCAGAACUGCUGAUUAAGCUUUUGUGAUGUUGAUGCUAUUGACUGAUGAAGCACUAGGCGUUUAUGAUCA